AUCAAAGAGUUCCCACGGAAUUUUAAAAAACCGAAAUCCACGCGGGCGAAGCCGCGGGCAUCCUCUAGUAAUAUAUAAAUUAUAUCAUAUUAUAUUUCCUAGUUUGAAGGCAACUUUAUGGAGUAGUAUCGAUAAAAAUUACAUCCCUAACGAUUCCUACCAAAUUGUACCUACCUGCCUAUAUUUUGUUGUGCUUAGUAUGUAUGUGUUUUUUCUGUACUGAUUUUGUGGUGCACAAUAAAAGUAUAUUCAUUUAUUUAUUCCUUUUGUUUUUUGUAAAAGCUAUUCUAUAUAAUGACCCGGAGUGUUAGCUAUAAUAUGUAGACGAAAGUGGGUUCAAAUCUAUUCAAUAGUUUCAGCUUAAAGCGCGUACAGAAAGGCAGACAAAAAUAAAAAUAAAAACUUUUAUCUCUAUAUCGAUAAUAAAGCUUCCUCAGAUCAUAAUGUUCAAAGUUUAUUUAAUGUACAGAAAUCAUCUAGUCGCAGUAUUAUUAUAGUUAGGUAACUAUAGAUAGCCACUUUGCGGUUCUACUAAUAAAUAGGUAGAGGUGAAUAUUAUGUUACUGCAGCAUGUUUUUUCGCUUUGCCUCUAUUAGAUUUUUUCCAUCUCUAAAUUACGAUAGGUAUCUUCAAACCACAAUAGCUUAUCUACUUUAAAUUAGUGAAAUCAUUAGAACUAUAUAAAUACGUUAAAGAUUUAGAAAUACUAUCAAUAAUUUAAAAUCCAUGAAAUACAUAUAUCGUAAGCGACAUCACAAUCAGACGUUAAUAUGACACUUAAAAUUUUAUUCUUCAGUGUAUUUUUGCUUUUUGCGGGCAUAGUUUCGGCUAGAAAUGUGACUUUAGGUAAUCCAUCUGAAGGAAAGCUCCUCUACCAUCAAAAGUUUGAAAAGAUACCAAAACCAGACGUAACCGAAAUUAGCAGAGGUACGAUAAAUAUAAAGGAUGGUGUUAUAACGGCUAUAGUUAUUCAAGACCUUCAAGGCGAUGGCCGUAGUUUUGUCUUAUCUGGCGGGAUUGGUGAGAGUAAAGUAAAGAUUGAAUUGAUUGGAGAGCGUGGUACGGGAUUCAAGUUCAUCGUUGAUGUUUACGGUAAGCCCAGUCAACCAUCAUCAAAAUUAAAAGAUUUGUCAAAAGAUAAAUCAGAUAAAGUUGAUGAACCCAAAGGUAAAUCUUUAAACCCGGAUGAACUGUCCGAAGAUAAAUCAGAAAACCCUGAUGAAGGAUCAAAAAAUAAAUCAGACAAAGUUGAUGAUUCCAAAGAUAAAUCAAAAAAACCCGAUGAAGUGUCAAAAGAUAAAUCAGAGAAACCAUCAAAAGAUAAGAUGAAAUUAAUUUAUACUCCUGCUGAAGCUUAAAAAUAGAGAAAUCACACUUAUAUACUUCUUCAAGUUUAAGUAAUAAAUAUUAAGUGUAUAAUUAUACCUAUUUGAAAUUAAAUAAGUUAAAGUUUA